CACUCGUCGGUCUCAUCGAGCUUCAGUCGUCGUGCGGACGUCGUCGCGGUCGUGUCUCCAAUUCUCCUGGCGUCUACGUUUACACUUCAAACGUGAACGGGAGAGCGCGCGCGCAUACGUACAAUACGUUCAACUCGUUUUUUUGUUACAUAUGCGUACGUGCUGCUCGUUGUGCGUAGAGCAGGACGGAUACUACCGCCGCAAGUGACGCAAAACGGAUUAGUUCCGGCGUAGGGGAGAGAAUUACACGACGAGAAAUAUCGACGACGACGACGCAACGAACGCCCUCUCAAAAGUUCUGUGCUCCAAUUGUGACUCUGUUAAGUGCUACAUGUGCGCAAAACAGUGCAAUAUUCUUUUUCCCAUGCUGUUCUCGUCCGUUCUCUCGCGGGAAUUCCUUCGAAAUCACAAUUAUGACACGCAAAUGACACUAAGCUAUUCGGCAUAGUAUGUCGCGGUAUUGUGUAAACAGUACCAAAAUUGUUCCUACCGAUAUUGUCGCGGUAUUGCUAAACAUCAGUACCUGCCUCAUCCGAAUGGCUACACAUGCCAUGUAUUCAAAUAUGAAACACCUAUUACGAAAAAAUUUCCAAAUUUUCGUCCGAUAUUAGACAAAGUCCGAAAUAUUGUGCGACAACGCAUGUUCCGGAUUUUCGCAAGACAAAGAAGGGAGAAGAACAAAGCCGAAAACUAGUGCCAUCGUGACGAUCCAGACGGAUAACAUUGAGAUAUGACGGACAACGACGUCGAUACAAACAACAGUCGAUACAAUUGGUCGAAGACUCGAGGACGAACAGUGGGAACCGAGCAUAUAGAACAUGUUGACAGCUCAAGGGUCAUAAAACGUAACAAAAAGACGCGACUCCUAGUUGGUCUAAAGAAGAAAGGCUUGCUGCCCGCAUCCUCACACAGAGAUGCACAUUCGCAGAAGCGAAGUUGCGUGAGCGGGAGCGGUAGCCGCGGAAACGGGGCGAUUGGCGGUACCGGAGGCGGUUCAGGUACAGCGGGCGGCCGCGGCGGCGGCGGGGGCGGUGGUAGCCCCGGCAGGGGCGCCGGCGUCGGCGGAGUUGGGGGCGGAGGGGGAGGAGGAAUAGACGGUGGCGUGGUGUCUACUACUGCACUAUCGACUACCGGCCAUCAUCACCAUCACCAUCAUCAUCAUCAUCAGCUCACCACCACGACGACUACCACCACCACCACCACCAUCACCUGCGGCUCCAGACAUCACAGGCACAAGCUGCCUGCCGGCAAACAGUGCACGGAACACCGUCAUCACGCGCAUCACCACCGGCAUCACCCUCACCAUCGCUCCCAUCACCGGGGCAUGAACAUGGGCCAAAAGAUUUCAGGAGGUGUGAAGAGCAUGAGCCGGGAGAGCGGUGCCGGUACUAACGGCGGUGUCGGCGUCGGCGGUGGCAACAACACGACGUUCACACGCUCGGUGGUGCCGCGCGAGUUGGCGCAGGAUUUCUCGAGACCGGCGCGACUCGACGUGCUGCUCGACAUGCCGCCAGCGUCAAGAGAGACUCAGUUCCAUCACAGCUGGAACGCCGAAGAUCGUAGUCUAAACAUAUUCGUCAAGGAGGACGACAAGCUGACGUUUCAUCGACAUCCCGUCGCUCAGAGCACAGACUGCAUACGAGGGAAAAUGGGCUACACGAAAGGUAUGCACGUGUGGGAGCUUUAUUGGAGCACGAGGCAACGGGGAACGCAUGCGGUGGUGGGUGUCGCGACGGCAGAUGCGCCUCUUCACAGCGUCGGAUAUCAAAGUCUAGUGGGCAACAACGAGCUCAGUUGGGGCUGGGAUCUGGGUAGAAAUAAACUCUAUCACGACUCGAAGAACAACAACGGCGUGACGUAUCCGGCUCUCCUCAAGCCAGACGAGACCUUCAUUGUUCCUGACAAAUUCCUUGUGGUCCUCGACAUGGACGAAGGUACGUUAGCAUUCGUAGUAGACGGUCAGUAUCUCGGAAUAGCCUUCAGAGGACUCAAGGGAAGAAAAUUGCAUCCUAUCGUGUCCGCCGUGUGGGGACACUGUGAAAUCACGAUGAAAUACAUCGGUGGACUUGAUCCCGAACCUCUCCCUCUCAUGGAUCUCUGCCGAAGAGUGAUCAGACAGCGAAUCGGCAAGCACAGAUUAGAGGAGAAGAUCAACGAACUCAAUCUGCCGCAGACGAUGAAGACGUAUCUUCUGUAUCGCGACCGAAGGUAACCACCGAGUGAAUUUCCUCAAGAUGCCGCCACGAUUACGACUGCGAUUAUCACAGCGAGCGACAACAUCACCGUGCAACGCACAGGCGACCGUCCGCUUUCCCCUCACGCGCCAUCACGGACAGCAGCAGCCCGUUAACCGCGCGUCUCCGCACGUUAUCGCGUUGAAAAGACGUUCGAAAGACAUGCGGAUAGGAACGACUGAUGAAAUAUUCUGUAGAUAGUGACUCGUCAACAAAGGCGUUCUUAUCGCGAUAUAAAGUUUAUAACGAUGAGAGAGUAAAACUUUAUUAUAGUCAUCUUCGAUGAGUUUCUUCUUGAGAAUGACGUGUCUCAAACGGAAGGAGAGUAAAACCGCUACAAAAAAAAAAAACUGCUUCGACGAAAUUUACGGAAAAUUAGUUAUCGAUUUAAGUAAUGUGUUGUUGUUUUUCUGUUUAUAUAGUUUUAUUUCAUUAUGUGAUGUCAGUGUCUAUGUUGUUUGUAUAUUUAUUUAAAAAAAAAUGAAUAUUACAUUAUUCUAGCAAAUAGCGAUAAGCGACAAGUUCGGUAACUUUCGCGAGCGCGCAGGUUCUAAGUAAGUUUUUGUUUGUUAUUUCGGUAGUAACUUUACCGACAAUCGGAACUUUAGAGACAAUUGCGAUCUAUGAAAAUUCGGAGACGCGUGGUUUACAGAGAAGAAGAAGAAAAAAAGGGAAGUGAAAAAAGGAAGUAAAAAAAAGAAGGAAGUUUCGCAGUUGGCCAGUAACAAAACAAGUUAACGCUUAGUCACGUCUGAAGACUAUGAUACGGACGUGUCGCUUGUUUGAUUGUGGACAAGCGGGCUUGCUCUAGUCCGGCCGGCCACACAGCGGAUAUGCAAUCAAGUGGAGUAACCAAAACAACAACAAGAGGGAGAAGAAUCGGGCGGAAAGAAAAUAAAACUAAACUCGAUAAAAUACUCGUCUCGACGACGAGGUAGAAGCCGUGUCACUUAGCGAUGAAGGGAAAGUUAAUUCAAAUUGGUACGUGUGUGUGUGAUAGACUCAUGAAUAGACCGAUUUUUCAAGUAUUUUCUAAGCAUAUAUAUAAAUAAAUAUAUAUAUAUAUACAUAUAUAUAUAUACUAGGUCUAAUGAAACAUAGUGCUGUAUGCGUGUUGUAUCGUGGGCGUCGAUGGAUAAAAAUAUAAAAGACCAACCAAAUUUGACGAGAUAGAACGAGGAUUCAGUGCGGGGUAUAACGAAGAUAUCGAAUUUUUCCAUCCCUUCUCCCCGCCGUAAUCUCCCCCUUAGCAGUGUUCAAAAAACAAAAAGAAAGAUAGGAACUUCCGGUUGCGAGUUCCGCGGGGAGAGAGAGAGAUCGAGUGAAAAAAAAAACAGAGUGCGAACAGAAGUGUAAACACAAAGAGCAGAGUAAUAAACAAGGGAGGUAAAAAAUGGAUGAAGAGCAGACGACGUGAUGCUGAUGAUUUGGUGAGAGGAAAGGUGAACAAAAUAUUAAGUAAAUUUAACAAAGAAGAAAACGCAUGUUACUAAAAUUAAUUAUCCACAUCUAACUGAUUCAAAGUGCUCUAAUGACUUCGCGAAAAUAGCAUGUAUUUACCUGUAAUGUUUAAGAGAAAAAAAAACGAGAGUUAAAUCACGGGCAUUGGCACAAAUUUGUUCCGAACAAAGAAUUUACGAAUAAAAAAUCGUCUCCGAAUUUGCCGCGCCGUACGGCGAAUUUCGGUCGGCGGCACACACAAGUAUGAUAUAAUAUGCGACGUCAGAUUAUACUUAUCACACAACAUUUCAUCGUAACAAUUUGUCGGAUCGUCGAUCGUAUAAAUAGUUACAGCGAAAUAAAAAAUAUUUAAAAAAUAAAAAAAAAAACGUUGAGUAAACGACGCCGAUUAUAUCGAGUGUGUAACUAUUGUACUAAUUAGUAUGGCGAAACCUUUACGACUGGUCUCUAUAGUAUAUCUCUUUACUCUUUACGUUUGUCGCUUAGGUUAAAAGAUAAAAAAAAAAUAAAAAAAAAUAAAAAAAAAACUACCACCGUCAUCGGCUGUAUGUCGAUUUGUACAUAUAUUGAUAUAUUGAUUAAAAAUAUAUAUAUAUACGAGACGAUGUACGUGUGUAUUGUGAAAAUGUAUCCACAAAGAUUGUAUCCGUAUAUCUCUGUGCGGAAUAGGCAGACCGAAUGCGAGAUCGACAACCUCAUCGUCGUCGGUGUGAAAUGUGUAACGUAAAAUAAAAAAAAUUCUCAUCUUGCGUCGUCGGGCCUCCGUUUUGAUCUUAUAAUUUCUGACGCGCACGAGCCUAUAAAUAAACGCGAUUUAUAUUAAAGAUCACUCGUCCACACCUCCACCUAGCUUUUCUUUGAGAGAGCUUCGUCCGUGCUCGGAUCGUAUUGCGUCUUCCGAAUUUAUCAAUUGUAUCUUUAAUCGCGGCUUUUAUUCGAUCGUUGCAAAAACGUUGUAGAUCGCGGUCGUUUUCAUCACGAAUCACGUUCCUUCUUCAUUCUCGAAUUAUCAUUUUCUUUUUUUUUUUUUUUAAACCGCUAUCUCGCACUCGGAAGCUUUGAUUGCGCAGCUUUGCGAACUUGCCGAGCGUUUUUUGGGUUUUUCGCUACCUCUUUAUGUCACGAGAUAUGCAAAAAGGGACACGUGACUCCACGAGACGCGAACAGCGCGCGAGUGACGACGAGCGGAUGCGAGAACGACUCGAUCUUUUCCCGAUUUAAUUUGCGUCCGUUACCUCUGUGUCCGAUAUGCGUGUGUUGUCGUCAGUGAUGUUUCGUUUUUUUCUUUUUUUUUAAUGGAAACACUGAAAACGAGAUACGGACGACCGCGCGCGGAACAAGAGGAAACGACUGAAUAAAAGGGCGAAGAUACAGCGCGAUUCUCGCGCGAAGGAACAAAGUCGUCCUCGUUCUGUCUUCAUCGCACGACAAAGCUAUCGGUUUACUUUGUCGUUUUUUUUUUUUCCAUACGGCAUUCGUGCGCACACACAAACGAAGACAACAACGAUGAUAGGGUCAACAUUUGGCCAAGAUUGAUUCUUGCGUGCGAACAGCUCGAAUAAAGUAAAAAAAUUUAAGUGGAGACGAGAACGAGCGUGUAUGCGCGCGUGAAGACGCGGGCGCGCAUCGAGUGUGUAUGUACAUAACACAGUAUCGGAGUUGACGCGAGCUAAAACACAGGUUUUUACCGGUUUUUAUAUUUAAUAAGAAAACACACACGUACAACCUGUGUUUUGCGGCUCGGAUCCGCCCGAAUACUCUUCGGUUUCAUCUUCUCACGAGCUUAUCCGAUUGGUGUACGUACAUGUAUGUGUCCACGAUUUAAUGUACAUUUGUUAUUCGUAUGUCGUGUUAUUUCGUAUAUCGUACGCGAGAAAAUUGAGGGAAACUAAUCAAUUACACACUCGCGCGUGCUCUCUACACACACACACACACACACACACACACACUAAGAAAAAACACUAGGAAGGUUUUUCCGUAAGUUACCAUCACUUACUGCCGCCCGUUGAACCGCGACGCUGUUUGUGUUUUUUCUUUUAUACAUGAAUUGCCUAGGAACACGCGUCAAGAAUGGAACACACGACAAAUAGAGAGAGAGAGAGACACGAGAUAGGAGAAAUGUAUAUGUUCAAUACUGUACAAAAUAACUAUUAUUGUGAAUUAUUAUCAUUAAUAUUAAUACUAGUACACAUUUAGUAUAUUGUGCCCAAUACUUUAAUUAAUUACUCGGACCCGUUAUCGUGAUUAGUCUGGUAUGCAGAAUAUUACUUAAUUCACCCCACGUGUGUGUAAAAUCACAGGUAGAGAAAAUUGUUUUUGUUUUGUUUUUUUUUGUUCUUUUUUUUAACGUGAGGACCUUCAAUCCUCAAGAACUUCCUCCCUAGGUCGCUCAUGAAACAAAAAAGAACUGUUUUUCUGUACCUAUGAUUUUGAUAUCCAAGCAAAUAGUUGUAGUCCGGAUAUCGUCAUCGUGGGAUUCAAUUUUUGUACGAUAGAAAUGAAAAAUGUGUACCGAGAAACACAAGAGAAAGAUUGAUGUGUAUGUGAUCGAUCGAUACAUUAUUAUUUGUAUAUGACGUUUUGUGUACGUAGCGCCAAGAAAACGAACAUUUUCUUUGACUCGCGACUGUAUUUCUCGCUAUAAAAAAAAAAAAGUACGUGUAAAAUUAAUUUCACCGAGAGUCGGUGUUGCUUUCAAAAUUUAUGUGAAACUAUAUAAAAAAAGAAAAAACGAAAAAAAAAGACCAAAGUACUUUACUGGCAAUCGCUUAUAUGAUUUGAGGUUUUACUUGUUUAAAUUGUUAACUUAAGAGAGGAAGAGGAGAAUAAUUUAGCUUACAACAAUUGUGAUUUGGUUAUUUCUGAUUAGGAUCCAAAUGUGUGAUAUGUAAAUCUAAAUAUCAAUUCUUUGCGAGAUACAUAAUUUUAUAUGCAUAAGUUGUUUUUGAAAAUAUAAUACCGAUAUUUGUAUUCUUUUAAUUUCUGCCGGGAUCAAAACGAAAAUUAACAAAACGGUCGCAGAAAAACUCUAGAGAUGUAAGAAGAAAACAUUGACUGUAUCCGUUUUUGAUCUGAGCACAAUAUUUGUUUGUUAUAUUGCUUAAAGUUCAGCAAUGUUGGAAAUAUAAGUUUGCUUGAAUGUGGAAUUUAUUCUUCUUUAGUAAAUGUAUCAAUAUAUCUUGUUUUUAAAUAUAGUGUAUAUAUAUAAAUAUAUAUAUAUACAUAUAUAUAUACAUAUAUACAUAUACCCACAUAUAUGUACAUAUAUAUAUACGCGGACCGACGAGCUCUGCCAGUUAUACAGAAUAUUAUUUAAAACUAAUUCCAAGCACUUUUAAAAUCAAAAAUUUUGCGCAGUUUGACCAAAUCUUUCGUUUUUCAAACGACUGUUCUCUCCUGUUGAGCUCUAACCAAGCCUUGUGCGUUAAUUAAUUAUUCUCUUCGAUCGAGGAUCAUUACAUCAUUAUUCAAUCUGUCAAUUAAACUAAGUGAUCAAGUAAUCGACGUGUUGAACCUCCGAUUACUCGUUUUCUUCCGAUUGCUCUUAAUUCGAAACACAUCGAUUAAUAUUCGAUGUUUUUUGGACUUGAACUCCGUUAGUGUCACUUAUCAAUUCUUCUCUUCGACCUUAGUAGUGUAUAUAAAGUAUGUAUUUUAUUUUAUAUACUUAUGUGUAAGAAUCAUUUGUUUUUUGUUUUUUGUUUUUUUUUUUUGUUUUUUUUUUGUUUUUUUUUUUUAAUGCGUUACAAACUGAGAGAGAAGCUAGCGCGGGAGUCUAGCUUCUAUUGACACGAGCCAUUCCUAGUAGCAUGUAUAUUUAAUCUUAAAAUAAAAUUCGCACACGUGACUGAAGACAAAAAAAAACAAAACCCAAUUCUGCGAAUCAAGAAAAACACUGUUCUUGGCUGCCAAGUGAUGACUGUAAAUUACUGUCGUGAUAAUAUUGUAACAAGGGUAGAAUUUGUAUCUACAUCGAUCGAUUGCAUAUAAACAAUAUAAACCACUAUAGCUUUUAAACAAUGAGAGACCGCCUCACACAUCUCUGUUUGCAUGCGGUAAAAAUUUUCCCGUUACAGCUGUUGUAACGGUUUUAUUGGUUUCUUUUGUUUCUUCAACGCGAAUUGUCCCACGUGUCCUUCGUGCAAAUGAUGACGUGAACGAUCUUGAAGAAGAACGUCAAUAGCAAAUUUAUAUUAGUUUAAUUGAAAACAAAUCAGCGAAAAUCUAAGGAAAGUCUAUAAGUCCGUAAUGUGUAAUUGCGUUUUGGCACGAUCGAGCAUACAUUGCCCGAACACGACCGUACUUAUAUAUUUGCCUAAAUGAAAUACAUUUAUGCCCAAUUUUUUCACCUCUGAUAAGUUCUCGAUAAGUUUAUCUAAAAGAUAAAGUAUAUCUUUUUGUAUAUCUUUAUAUCCAGAGGAUAGCUAUCGGGAGGUAUGAAGAAAUCGGACCUUAAUGUAUAUUUAUAUAUUCAAGAUCUCUUUUCUUUCCGUUUUUUUGUUUUCUUCUUCUUCAAAUUGUAAAUUGUCACGUUUACAGAGAGAGAUGCGGACUCGAUGCAAUUAUCAACAAAUCCUUGAAAACGCGCAGUGUAUAUAUAAUUUUGGUGAAAAGUGAUGAAUAAAAGUAAUCUAAUCAAAUUGA